GGUGGUUUAAAUAUGUGGGCUGUCACUCCUGAAGAGAGGCAAAAGCAUGACCAGCAGUUUGACACGCUCACCCCAUCAAUGGGUUAUGUUUCAGGUGAGCAGGCAAGGAAGUUUUUUCUUCAGUCAGGACUACCUUCUUUAGUUCUGGCUGAAAUAUGGGCUCUGGCUGAUAUGAACAAAGAUGGGAAGAUGGACAGGUUGGAGUUUUCCAUUGCAAUGAAGCUUGUAAAACUCAAACUUCAAGGAACGCCGCUUCCAUCUGUACUUCCAGUCGUUAUGAAGCAGCCUCCUGUGCCUGUUCCCACUCCCGCCUAUGGGAUAAUGCCUAGCAUGUCGCUGAUGUCUGGGAGCAACCCCCCCAUGUACACAUCAUUACCCAUGGCAACCCCAGGGUACCCGGGGCCACCAAUGACAGGCCUCAACAUGGGACUUCUCCAGCCAAUGGCUGCUGGCACCUUGGCCACUGGUCUUCCACUCUCUGCGUCUCCCUAUGGUUCUACACUUAUACCUAGCGCCACUUUGCCACCCCCCUCAACGACUGGCCAAAUGGCAGCAGGUCCUGGGGAUUGGGCAGUGCCAGUCGCCUCCAGACUGAAAUACAGGCAGCAGUUCAACAUCUUGGAUAAGCAGAUCAUUGGAUACCUCACUGGUCAGCAGGUGAGAGGGGCUAUGACAAACACAAUGCUCAGUCAGACUCAGCUAGCCUCAAUCUGGAAUUUGUCUGACGUUGAUAAGGACGGCAAACUCUCAGCUGAGGAGUUCAUCCUAGCGAUGCAUUUGGUGGAUGUGGCCAAAAGUGGACAACCGCUGCCUCAAACCUUGCCAAUUGACCUAGUGCCACCCACACAAAGGAGUGCUGUGAAUGGAUCCAGUGCGUCUCACUAUGCAGCUCUCAAUGAUAAUUUUGACAUUGAACCACCACAGAAAGCCAGAAGCAACAUGUCUUUCGAGGACAAGUACAAAGCCAACAUUGAGCGCGGUAAUGCAGAGCUGGAGAAAAGACGAUUGGCACUGCUGGAAGCGGAAAAGAAAGAGAAGGAAAGACAAGCUCAAAAGGCACGAGAGGAGCAAGAGCGGAAGGAGAAGGAAGCUCGUGAAGCAGAGGAGAGGCGGCGGAAAGAGGAAGAGAGGCGCUUGGAGCGUCAGAGAGAAUUGGAGAGGCAGAGAGAAGAAGAGCGUCGGAGAGAAAUUGAGAGGAAAGAGGCUGCACAGCGGGAGCUUGAGCGCCAAAGGAAGGAGGAAUUGGAAAGGAGGAAACGAGCAGAACUCCAACUAAAGAGGCAGAAGGAACAGGACGACAUCAUUCAACUCAAAGCUAAGAAGAGGACUUUGGAGAUGGAGUUGGAGGCAGUGGGUAACAAACAGCGUCAGAUUUCAGACCGUCUGCGUGACAUUCAAAACAAGAAGAAGCUUCCUAAGACUGAGCUGGACCUUAUCACUCAAAGGAAAGAUGCACGUCAGCAGGACAUAAAUAAUCUUCAGAAACAGAUUGAGGAGUUCCAGAGGAAGUUAUCCCAAUUGAUGCCAGAACAGAAGAGACUGACUGAGACACUCCAAAGCAUGGCUGCUAAUAACUUGCCUGUGUCCACCAUCUCCAACCUGAAGCAAAGUGUUACUCAAAAGCAGGGGACCUGCUCAAAACUAAGAAAUCAGCUCCAGGCCCUUGAGAAAGAAACUGCUGCUAAACUGGAAGAGCUGGAACGGCACAGCAAAAACAUGCAGGAACUGAGGGAGAGCCAGCAAAAGCAGCAGGCAGCAAUAGAGAAGCUGCGAAGCAUCAAAGAGGAAAAAAGACAAGAGCUGAUUCGCAGGAAGCAGGAGCAUGAGGAGAUGAGGAAACGGGAAGAAGAGAGGAGGCGGCAGGAGGAGGAGGCACAAAGGAGGCUCAAACUUCAAAAGGAGCGCCAGUGGAAGGAAAAGUUGAGGAGGGAUGAGGAGGAGCGCCAGAGGAGGCUCCAAGAGGAACGUGAGGCCAAAAGAAGGGAGCAGGAGGAAAAAGAGCUAAGGGCAAAGGAGGAGGCAGAGAGGAAGCGCAGAGAGGAAGAGGCGAGGAGGAAAAGAGAGGAGGAGGAACGGCUGAGGCAAAUUGAGAGACAGAGGCAGGAGGAAGAGCGGAGAAAGCUGGAGGAGGAGAGGAGGCAAUUGGAGGCAGAGAGGAGAAAGCUGGAGGAAGAUAAAAGGAUGGAAGAAAAGAGAAGGAAAGAAGAGGAGGAACGACUCAAGCGGGAAGAAGAAAGAAGGAAGCUGGAGGAAGAGCAAAGACGGCAGGAGCGGGUAGAGGAGGAGAGACGGAGACAAAGGGCAGCACAGGCUGCCCUUAGAGACACAGAGGAAAGGAGAAGGUUAGAGGAGGAGGAAAGGAGGAGGAAAGAGCAACAGGAAGAGCAGCGGAGAAAGCAGGAGGAAGAGAAGAGGAAGCUUCAGCAGCAACAGGAGGACGAUAGGAGGAGGCGUGAAGAGGAACGAAAAAGAGCAGAGGAUGAGAGAAAAAGAAAAGUGGAAGAAGAGUCAAAAAAGAGAAGAGAGCAUCAGUCGAGUGGUGGCAAAAUUGACAUUCAAGAGAAGUUGAAUUCUCUUCUGAGGGGACUGGAGGAAAGGAAAGGUCGGCAGCCCAGGACCAUGCAACCCAGGAAUUCGGUGGUUCUCACACCCUUCAGGGCACUUUAUCCAUUCACUGCACGAAACCAUGAAGAGCUCACAUUCAACGCAGAUGAAAUAAUUGAGGUGGACGAGACCGUGGAACCAGAGGAAGGUUGGUUGUAUGGUAGCAGGCAGGGUCAGAUGGGUUGGUUCCCAGAGAGCUAUGUUGAGAGAGUGGGUCCGUCGGACUCGACAGCCCCCGUACCGCCUUCAAAACUGCCUAUCCAGUCACAGCUCUCAAAUGCCCUUGAAGCAGCAAAAGUAGCUGGCACUAAAUCUGCUUUCACCCCUACACACUCUCCGAACAUGACCCACUCUGAUACAUCUGGACAGCAGGUUGUAGGAAAUCUUUUCGCACAAGCUUUGUGCUCUUGGACAGCAAAGACAGACAACCAUCUAAACUUCAAUAAGGAUGAUGUGAUUAAGGUGCUGGAACAGCAGGAAGGCUGGUGGUCGGGAGAACUGAAUGGAGAACGAGGCUGGUUCCCUAAGUCCUAUGUCACACUUCUGGGUGAAGAGGACAGUUCAGAAAUGAAGAGCUCCUCAUCCAGUACUGCAGGGACAGGUGACAAUCAGCAAUUUGAAGAGUAUACAGCGUUAUACCAGUACGAAUCAUCAGAGCCUUCAGAUCUGACGUUCAGAGAGGGAGAUGUUAUACUGGUGACCAAGAAAGGUGGAGAGUGGUGGAACGGCACCAUUGGUGACCGCACAGGUGCCUUUCCUGGCACCUAUGUCAAACCUAAGGAGGCAGAUUCGAGCACAUCUGCUAAGAAGCCAGAGAUUGGCAAGGUGAGCAGAGCACAUUUCUCCUCUAUACCGGGGCAACUGAGCCUGGAGAAUGGCCAACUUGUCGUAGUCCUCAGCAAGAAUGCUUCAGGCUGGUGGCUUGGAGAACUCCAGGCCCGUGGUAAAAAACGGCAGAAGGGCUGGUUUCCUUCCACACAUGUUACCAUACUGGGGUCAAAUAGUGGCAAAUCUACACCAGCAAGCCAGUCAGGAUUGUGCCAGGUGAUCGCCAUAUACGAUUACACAGCAGCUAACAAGGACGAGCUGAGCUUUUCAGCAAACCAGCUGAUCACUGUUCUGGAUAAGAACGACCCUGACUGGUGGAAGGGCGAGGUCAAUGGGGCCACUGGCUUAUUCCCCACCAAUUACGUUAAGAUGGCCUCGGGAGACGGUGACCCCAGUCAUCAGUGGUGUGCAGAUCUAACUAGCCUGGACUCGCUGAGCCCCCUAGAGAAGAAGAGACAAGGCUAUAUCCAUGAACUGCUUCAGACCGAAGAGAGAUACGUGGAGGACCUGCAGACAGUGCUGGAGGUUUUCUAUAAGCCAAUGUCUGAAUCAGGACGACUGACAGAUGAAGAAAUCAGCAUGAUCUUUGUCAACUGGAAAGAACUGAUUUCAUGCAACUCUAAAUUUCUCAGAGCAUUGUUGGCUCGAAAGAGAAGCGGCGGGGAGAACAUGCCGGUGCAGAUGGUCGGGGACAUUCUAGCCGCAGAGCUAUCCCACAUGCAGCCGUACAUCCAUUUCUGCUCUUGUCAGAUUAACGGAGCCACGCUUCUUCAGACUCGCACCGACAAUGACUCUGACUUCAAGUCGUUCCUCAAGAAAAUCGGCACAGACUACAGAUGUAAAGGGAUGCCGUUGUCCAGCUUCCUCCUCAAACCCAUGCAGAGGAUCACACGCUACCCACUGCACAUCAAAAGUAUUCUGGAGUGCACUGCGGAGGGCCACGCUGACAGAGGUCCUCUGAAAGAAGCUCUGGAGCGGGCAGAGGAGCUCUGUAAACAGGUCAAUGAAGGAGUGAGAGAUAAGGAGAACUCAGAUAGGCUGGAAUGGAUUCAGAACCAUGUGCAGUUUGAUGGCACAGUCGAGAAUAUUGUUUUUGACUCGAUCACCAACUGUUUGGGCCCCAGAAAAUUACUUCACAGUGGCAAGCUGUACAAAGCAAAGAGCAACAAAGAACUUUGGGCCUUCCUCUUCAACGACUUCCUGCUUUUGACUCAGAGUGGAAAGCAGUUCACCUCAUCUAGCAUUGACAAACUGUUCAGCACAAAGAACAACACCCAGCUAAAAUUGUACAAGCCGCCUGUUAUGCUCAAUGAAAUCCUGGUAAAACUGCCGGAUCCUUCCAGUGACGACCUAGUCUUUCACAUCUCGCACAUCGACACAGUUUACAUACUGAAGACGGACAAUAUUAAUGAACGGACAGCCUGGGUUCAGAAGAUCAAGGCUGCAUCUGAAGAAUGUCUCGAGAUGGAAAAGAAAAAGCGGGACAAGGCCUACCAUGCUCGCUCCAUGAGGGGUACUGGAAUUGGUCGACUCUUCGUCACAAUCUUGGAGGCCACGGAGCUGAAGGCAGUCAAGUCCAACGGUAAAAUGAAUCCGUACUGCGAGGUGACCAUGGGAUCUCAGGUCUUCACCUCCCGAGUGAUCAAUGAUACAGUCUCCCCCAAGUGGAACUUCAACUGUCAGUUCCAAAUCAAGGAUGUCUACCAAGAUGUCCUCUGCAUCACCAUCUUUGAGAGAGACCCCUUUGCUCCUGAUGACUUCCUGGGACGAACGGAGGUUCCUGUGGCGACCAUAAAGAAAGAAAUGGAGAACAAGGGCGCUGUAACGCGACGCCUUCUGCUGCACGAGGUGCCCACGGGGGAAGUGUGGGUCCGCCUCGACCUGCAACUCUUUAAUGGCAAAUAG